UUUUUUUCUUUUUCCUUUUCCUUCCCUCCCAGGACUGGAAGCAGGAUCCGCGUCCCUGAAACUGCUAUGCCAACUGAACUCUGCCGAGCCGUGAGCAUGCACGCCAUCUCCGACCUCCACUCCUCCCUCACCCUGCGGCUCCUCAACAAGGGGCCCGAGUACCUCCGCAGGCAGAUGGAGGCCGGCACCCCGGGCAGGAGGAGUGCCGUGGAGAGGCUGGCAGCCGACAAGGCCAAGUACGUGAAAAGCCAGCAGGUAAUCAGCACCAAGCAGGAACCCGUCAUCGUGCUCAGCUCAGCCUCAGAGAGCAGCAGCGAGACCUGUUCGGUGGAGAGCAAAGCCGUCAGCAGGGACUUUGGCAGAGGGAAGGGCACGAAGCCCCUGGAGCUGGGCAAGGCGGUUUACUCCUGCCGUGCCCCCCUGCAGCACGGCCCCCCCAUAGCCAAGCGCAGCACCCCCAAGAGGCAGAUGCGGCCGGAUUCCCUGGUGAUUUACCGCCAGAAAUGCGAGUUUGGGAGAGGUCAAAGCCAGGACAACUCCCGGGGGAGCUUGGUGAGGAGGAUCUUCCAAGGGUCCGUAAAAGAGAAGCAGUUGGCUUCUCCUGAGAUGCCCAGAGUCAUGGAGGACUCUGCAGCCACCGAGAGCCAAGAGCCUCUCUCAGCAAAAGACGGUGACCGUGAGCUGAGCGACCAUGGAGCAGAGCAAACCGGCGCUGUGAGCACUGAAGCCCCGGAGCUAUGCACAAAAGAGCAUGAGAGACCCUCAAAACCGAGUGUACCUCCUGAGGAGGUCAAGGAGGUGAAGAGGAGAGGUCUCCAUCGCUCCCAGUCGGACAUCAGCUCUCGCUACUCCAAGUCCUUCUCUGAGUUUGAUACAUUUUUCAAAUACUGUGGCCUGGAGCAGGAGGUCAUCGAGGAUCUUGGGAGAGAGAACUUCUCCGUGGUGUCUGACAACAUCUCCUUCAAGAUCCGCAGCAUCAGCGUCGCAACGUCCGAGAGCGACUUCACUAGGCACAGCGGGGACGAGGGGCUGCUGGAGGAUGAACUCACAGAGCAGGUCCCGAGCAGCACCUCCGUGAUCGAGCGCAACGCUCGGAUAAUCAAAUGGCUGUACACGUGUAAGAAAGCCAAGGAGACUAACAAGGUGAUCCAGGAACUGGCAUGAUGGCUUCUUCCAGCGUGCGUUGCAGCCUGGUGAACUCAAGCAUUCUUGACUUGGAAGUUGAACGAAACCAGACACAGGAGGAAACUCUCCCCUCAUCUGGCUCACAACUCUUUGUCCAAGUUUAGUAUUUUAUUAUUGCCUCCUACCCUCGCCCCCAUCCACCGGCAGCCUCACUCUUGUCACAAGUGCAGGGGUGUCCAAGAGUGCGAUGACAAGCAGAGAUUGUGAACUGUACCCUAAUGAGGCAGCAGGAAACAAAGGCUCCUGGAAAAGCAGUGUGAUGGCAGCUGCCAUCCACAAUAAUAUUCAGCAUCAUCUCACUGCCUCAGGAUGCCAUUCUGGACUGUGACAGAAGGUCUAUGUUGUGCACCUGUCUCUCUGCAGCCAUAAAUUUGUUGACAGGGAUGGGGUUAGAAAGUGGAAAUGAAGUGGGAGUGACCUCUGGGUGAGGUGUUUCCUGGCAGGCAGGCAGGCUCCACCUGGAUGUUCAAAGACUGUCUUACCAGGGCUGUUUGACCAGGGCUCAUCCUGACAUCAUUAGACAUUAUUUGCUUGGCUGGUGAAGACUAACAGUGGCAGCUUUAUCUGGGAUACUUGGCAAACACACUGUAAGCGAAAUUCCUGCCAAGCCUCUUUUUCUCUGAGAGUACUUAAGCCAAAUUGGAGUACCUUGUAUCCAUCUAGUUUGCUCUGUCACACAGCUUGCUCAGCCAGUGGGGAGGAAUAGCCUUUAAAACCCUCUUCAAAAUAUUUUCAGGAGCAUGGUACCAAAAAGCAGGUAGUCAAAAAUGAGGAAGGGUUUUGCAUGGUUACUCCUUGCUGCAGAAUGGUACAUUUCACAUGUACAUAGGCCCCUCCACUUUGUUUGCAACUUGUCUCCAACUCUGGCAUUGCGAACAUUGUAAGGUUUGGCAGCUUGUGGUUUAACACCUUUCAUUUUAUGCACUGUGAGUGAGCAGUGGGCUUGUAGAAUCACCUUAAGAAAAACUGUACCCUGGCUUAUGUCAGUUCACACUUUCCUAGCAUGGGAGUGGAGUAGGGCUGUCCUUGUGAUAUGCGGGAUGGCAUCCCUGCACUGCAAGGCAAGAAGACAUGUUAGGGCACAGCUGUGCCAGGUAAAUGUCCUGAUGGGGUGAGACACCCAGUGUAGACAGCGCUUUUCUCAAUAUCAUCAAGAAAAGGCUUCAUUUGGACUGGCCGAGCUAAACAUGUUUUAAAAGCUGAUCAAAAGUACUUUGAAUCAUCAGUUUUACAGAAUGAGGCCUCUACAAUAACCCAUGGAAUUUGCAGGCUGUGCCUCAAACACCCCAGUCUGUCAUUGCUUGCUAGAAAAUGUCUUGCACCAAAGCAUUUCUUUGUGGACAUUGCAAACCACAAAAAAAUGCAAAAAAAUUCCCCAAUCAAAGCCAAAACCAGUUCCCUUUUUAGUCAUACCAAUGCCUGUCUGUGAUAGCUCCCCCUCUGCCAUAAUGGUGACUUGACCAGAGGGUCCUGCAGAGGUUAAAAGUUUACUUUGUGUUGCCAUGGAUGUGGUGUCCUGGUGUUCAGCUUACCUGGCUGUCAAACCUGCAACAUGAGGAGUCCAGAAACACCAACUUUCAUUCUCCGCAUUCCUGCUGACCGCACUGCGGCAGCUCACUCUGUUGCCUCUUCUGGCCCAAAACAGCUGCCAGCACAGCCAGGUAGAUGCCGAGCCCAAGUGAACACUCAAGCUGCAUUUCUCAAGUGUUUGCUACUCAGUAAAUACGGGAGCAGAAAUCGGGAGCGGAAAGGGCGAGGGUGAGUGUCAAGGAUUCAAUAAAUCAUUGGUGGUAGGAGGAACAGUUGCCCUUUUUAACUUAUGCCAACGUUGCACGUGGAAGAGUUGCUCCUGAAGUGCUCAUCAAGUGGUUUAGUUGACAUCAGUUAUAUUCACAGCAAGAUCAUCAGGGUUGCACUUCCAUGUGUUUUAAAUGUGUUUCUCUGUCCUUGGAUGGUUAGUUCUCAAUUACAGCAAUGGUUUGGGAAUGCAGGGCAUUUGUCUUCAUUUUCUAAUGUUAGGCACUAAGGUCUACAUGUCUGAAGUUGUCAAGGUAGAUGACAAUUCCAGAUAAAGUAAUUGUUGAACCCACUUUCCACUUGGGAGAAAACUAAAUAGUUUGCAUGCGUGAGCUGCAAACUUAGAGGGAAGGUAGUACAUGGGGACGUUUUCAUUAAUGAAAUUUCUGUGUGUAUUUGUUACAUUAUUAUUAAAGGAUGAUUCUCAGAAAACUCCAACCCAAGAUGCUGCUAAUAAGAUAUAUGUGCUUAAGGUGCAGGUUUUUAAGGGACACAGUCUAGAUUUAUUAGUCAGGGACAUAAGCUGACGUAUCAGUUCUUUUCAUGCUCACUUUGCAAGUUGCUGUCCCACAUAAAUAUUUAUAUGCAUUUGUCAGAGCUAAGGACUGCUUUUUUUUGAAAAUGUGGAUGACACUAGACAGCUCAGAGCGCAGAAAAAAUUUUCAGUGUUACAAAUCAGUGCCCUGUCACAGAAGAGAAUUAAUUUGUUUCCAAGGAAAAUUUUGGUUUCAUUUUCAAGCUUCUGUUUGGUUUUGCUCUUUUAGUUGAACAGCUCUCAAAAGUUAAGAUACAAGGUGCAUUUGUCAUAAGUUUUCAGUGUUAAGAAGGAAUAUGUUUAAUUUGCUUGAAAGUAUUGUACAUCAGCCUUUCUCAAAAUCGAUGAAGGUUUUAUGGCAGAGCUUAGUGAAAUCAGAUCUGGCCCCAUUCUGAAUAUUUUUUUAAUCCUCCUUUUUGUUUUUAUGAACAGUUCAGGGGUGACUUUCCACACUGAUAUGUGGCAAAAUUUCCCCGACUUUGUUCAAACUGAUAGGAACCCCAAGCUCUCCCAGAUACCAUUUACUUCAGAGAAAUGUGGACCUAAGAUCUUUCCCUGAUAAGCUAUAGAUUCCCUUUAUUUAAUAAUACCUUCUGGGUAAACUAAUAACCUACCUUUCCCAGUAUGCCAGAGCAACAGCAGAUGACAGUCCUUCUUUCUGCAUACAUCGUGGGAAUGGGCAAUCCUGUCCUUUUUCCAGAGAGUGGGAGCUCUGGGCUUCCACUGAGCUCCUGUUAUUGUUACAUGUAAAGGCUUUUCUUUCCUUCUGCUGGGUCUUUCAGUCAUAUUCCUCAAAAUGAGAAGAAAACUUGUGAAUGUUAGUCAUUACCUAUCCUUUUCUCAAAAAAAGUGUCAAGUUUUUUUUUACUGUUUGCUUAUAAAAGACAUGCUUUGAAAGGGGUGGGAUUUUUCAGCUUUAGUGGUAAACUGCAGUAAAGCAGGCCAUGGUGGUACAAACAGAAGUUCUAGCAAUGGAGUUGGGUUUCUAGUCUUUUGGGAAACCUAAAAAUGGGGCUGAGGACAGAGGCAAGUCAUCAACUGAGUUAUUAGUUUGUCUAGAACUAUGUAAACUAAAAUAGUCAAAGGGAGUGCAAAUGUGCAGUGCAAACUGCUAUUGACACCCAAGUGUUUCAGGGUGCUCCAGUGCUGUGACAAGGGGCAAUGUCCAUGGCUGUAGUGUAACAGGCAAAAGGUACAAAGUCUGUUUUUUAUGACCUGGAAGCAAGUAUUUGCAAUAAAGGCAUCAAAUAGAGACUGUAAUCUUUGCAAUAUAUUGUAAAUAUUACUUUACAGAAGACUAUAAGUAAGAAAUACAGAUUUUUCUAUAUUAUGUAUAUUACUUUUCUAAGGGAUAUAAGGACUUGUAUUUUGUGAAAUCAGCCAAACAUUACAACAAUGAAGAUAAAGCAGAAACGUUCUCCUGUGAGCAGGUUGUCCUGUCAUUGCCUCCUGUGAAGUUUCUUGCAUCUGCUUUUGAAUCCUUUGAAAUGGAGUACUGUCAUUUCUAAGUUGCUAUGUUUAUAUCCCUGUGAAAGAACCUGUGUGCUUUUGAAUGCAUACAAAUAAAACUACCACUCUGAAAGUUAA